UUUCUACAUGACCUUAGCACCGUACAUUUUUCCAACAGAGACUGUAAUUCUGCCAGAUACAAAUACAACUGUUAACCAGAGAUCUUUACCAGUAAGCUAUUGGUUCCCAUUUGAUGAAGAAAAAUACUUCAAUAUAGCAUUUGGAUGGGAGAUAUUCAGUCUUACGUUAAGUGGGCAUAUGUCCUUCGCAAUGGACCUUUUCUUUUUCAGUACUCUGGCUUAUAUUCUGGGACAGUUAAGAAUUCUGAGAUUUAUGCUUGACAACUUUGAGAAAUACAGAGCAAAGGCCGAGGCUCAAACAAUGUCUACAGGUAGCACUGCAGAUAUUGUUACGUUGAAGCUUUUUAUUGCUGAACACCAACGAAUGAUGCGGUAA